AUUGCGAGUUCACCUGUAGCGUAGACUACCGAGGACGGAUUCAUGAGGCAUAUACCCUAGCUUCGGACAGAGCUAGAGUCUUGAUGUUGUCUGGCUGUCGGGGUGACUUCUGAGCGCCUCUGACGAGAGGUUCUUUCAGCUUAACAAGAUCAAUAUCCUACCAUGUCUAGAUGUACCUUGGAAAAUAUGUCUACCACUUGCGCUCGACGCACGCCGUGGAGAACACAGGCACAAGCUCGAAGCUUCUUUUUCAAGAGUCGACGAUCAUUUACAGCUACACCAAGGACAAGACUAUCAAUAGCUCGAGACUCGCCGGAUGUCCAGAAAGCCCAAGUCUAUUGCCAGAAUCUAGUCAGAAACUAUGACUCUCCGUCAUAUACAUUAGCUCACUUCAUUCGGCCGCACAUGCUACCGGCAUAUUUUGCCAUUAGGGCGUUCAACAUUGAACUAGCUCGGAUACCUGACGUGGUGUCAAUGCCGCAGAUUGGUGCGAUGAGGAUGCAGUUCUGGAGAGACACGAUCAACAAAAGCUUCGAGCUCACUCCUCCCCAGGAACCCGUCGCCAUUCUUCUAGCUUCCUACCUUAAGCAAGGUCACAAGCUCAACAAGACAUGGUUUCAGCGCAUCAUCACAGCCAGGGAUCGCAAGCUGACUCAUCCUGGAUUUACCAACCUCACAGAGCUGGAAUCUUAUGCUGAGUCAACAUAUUCCACACUGUUAUAUUUGAGCUUAUCUGCAUUGCCCCUGAAUUCUUUGAUGAUGGACCACCUGGCUUCUCACGUAGGCAAGGCCGCUGGUAUAACAGCUGUGCUUCGUGGUGUACCUUUGCUUGCAUUUCCUUCUCCACCGAAUCAACACUCAAACAACCCAGUCGGUCUGGGCAUGCCCACAACCCGGGAAAAGCAAGGCGCAAUCACGCUGCCGUUGGACGUCAUGUCUCAGUAUGGUGUUCGAGAGGAAGACAUUUUCCGAAAUGGAGGAGAUGCUGCCGGCCUGCGUGACGCCAUAUUUGCCGUUGCAACCCGUGCAUCGGACCAUCUUAUUACGGCCAGGACGAUGCUCAAGAAUGUUCGACAGAACCAAGAUCCUGGCCACGAAUUUGAGCACCUGAACGACGAAGGCCAUGAGCCCGGCAGAUAUGGCACGGAAGCCUCGAUGUCUGCCGACAAAAGGAAAGCUGAGAUAGAUGAAGGCUUCGGCAUUGUCAUGGGCCCGGCGGUGAGCACACAAUUAUGGCUCAACAGAUUGCAAAAAGUGGACUUUGACAUCUUCAAUGGUACCCUCCGGCAAGUCGAGUGGAAAUUACCGUUCCUCGCAUGGCUGCGUAGCAAAAGAGGAGAGCUUUGACGGCCGGCAGGUAGCUCACUAUCGGUCCGGUCGCAUCGAUUCUGAGAACACUUGCAGCUCGAGGGACUUAGGACGCCUACUUAAGGAAUGGGCUCACGCUUCCAUCGUGUUUCUCCGGCUUCUGCUCAGGAGCAUGGCAUCACCUUUCUUGCCGAGAAUGGCUUCAAGUGCGCCAAUAAGUGCUUGAGGGUCGUACAGCAUAACACCUUUGCUGCUUUUGCGACCAUACAAUUUGAGGCAAUCGAUGCCCACGGACGCGAGACGCUCCUUAUCGACCUCUGGAGUUCCGUCGCCACUCAAAUGCACAACAUGCGUAACAUAUCGACGAUAUAUCGAGGUCCCUUCUGCUGGCCGCGGCUCUUUAGGAGCGGAACCAGGAACAAGAAACUCGCCGUGGCGAGUUGUGGGCGAGGAAGCAACUGAUGACUUCAACGUGUCGUCUGAUCGAGAGGUAUGGAGGACAGGUCUCCAGGAAUUGCCACGAGACUGCUCACACGCUCUCGUAAUGGCUUCGACAAAGUCGAAUGCUGAGAAGGGAUUUGAGCUUGGGCCUGUCUCUCGAUCGAUGGAGCCAUUGAGGAUGAGGAUUUUGUGCCGGGCUGGGGUUGCGCGCAGUGCCUCACCGACUCCUUUGAGGACAAUGGAGGGAACAACGGAGGUAUAUAGCGAGCCGAUCGAGUAGACGAUUGCUUGAGCCUGUCUGACUGCUGACAGCACUCGAGGGUUGGCUGGUGGGAGCAUCUCCUGUCCGUAUGGAUUAAUGUAC